AUGAAGAACAAAACCUCAAUCUGCCUACAUAUCGGGGCAGAGGUACUUCAUGCACUCAACCCAGAUGAGGCCUCUCUGAUUACUCGGGUGUCUGAGUAUGCGUCACUUGAACAAAGCAGGAAGAAGUGUGGUUUUGCAUUGAGCGUAACGGAGACACCAAAGGAGAAGUCGUGUUACACUCUCCCCACAGUGAAGAAACUCCUGGAGCAGAAGAGAAAGAGAGAGACCUCCUCAGCAUCCCCCUCUUGCUCUGCAACCCCCCCUACUACUGCCGCCCCUGUGGCCAACCCCGUAAUCAGUGAGAUGUCAGUAUCUGUCCCACUAGGUGCUACAAGCAGUUACUCAGAUAUGGGAGCUGUAGGAUAUGACAGAUGGGAUAUUCCAAGCAUGGCUCCCUCAAACCUACAGCCAUGUGGACCGUUUUCCCCCUUUGGGACGAAUUUCAUAUCCAGUCCUUCCACGUCAGUAAACUUCAGCCAGAGUCCUUUACCUAACCAGCCCAUGCCAUCCAGCUACAGCCCUCAGCAGCUGCAGGACUGCCAGGACAACCAGCUACCGCAACAUUACACCCCAGACUGUCCCGUGACUGCAGCCAUGCCUGUCAUGACACAUGCCAUGCCCAUUCCAACCUCUAGCUAUGACUGGACCUGUAACCAGGAGUACAGGAGCCCGAUCGACACAGCCAAACUGGAAGAAGCCCGUUUAUUUCUCCAGAGCAUGGACUACAACAGAACAACUUGGCAGGAUGAUGAUGGAGACACGAUUCUGCACAUCUACACUGCCAAAGGACUACGGGAGUAUGCAUUUGCUGCUGCAGAGAAACUGCACAGACUGGGAAGCUUAGACUCAAAGGAGCACAAGGGAAAGACUGCCUUGCUAGUAGCAGUAACAGCAAACCAGCCAGAAAUUGUCCAGGACCUGCUGUCGUUUGGAGCUGACAUUAAUGCCUGUGAUGUCAAAGGUCAGACUGCUCUCCACCUGGCUGCCACUUAUGGUUUUCCACGAGUGAUGGAGGUAAUUCUCUCAAUGGGACUCAGAGUAGACCUGGAGGCUCGUAAUUUUGAAGGUCUGACUCCCUUGCACUGUGUGGUAAUCUCUCACAGUGCCACAGUUAAAGCACUGGCUGCUGCUGCCUCUUCCACAUGGCAUGGCCCUGGCAAUCUACAGACUCAGGCUGAGGACAAACUUUCCUGCUUACAGCUUCUGCUGAAUGCUGGAGCUUCCCUGCUUAGUCAGGAAAUCAAAAGCAACAAGACUGCUCUUCACCUAGCUGUGAAGGAGGGGAAUAUCCAACUGGUUCGAUAUCUCUUGAGCAUCCAACUACCUGACAUGCAAUCUUUUGUCAACAUGAAGGCUCACGGGCACACCGCCUUGCAUAUGGCAGCUGGUCUCCAUGGCAACCCGCACCAGGAGGAGCUGAUCAGGCUGCUGCUGAGCCGAGGUGCUGACCCCAGCAUCCGCAACCUGGAGAACGACCAACCCGCGCACCUGUUGCAGAGCGGAGAGCGCGGAGAGCAGCUCAAGCUCAUCUUGAAGAAAAGAAGUACUUCGUCUCGACGACGAAUCAUGUCCUUACAGGACCAAGAGUGA